UGCGGCGCUGAGCACAGCUCGUAGACAUGUGUCUGCAUGUCAGAAACCUUCUCAUCUUGUAACCAUGGGCUCGGAGGAAGAAAUCCCCCAAGCAUCUGUGAGUAAUAAUGACUCGCUUUCUUUCAAAACACAUUUGUGAUCUGGAAAUUCUUCGACUCUCCCAGUUGUUCAAGUGACGAAGCAGCAAAGCCGGAAGACGAGCAAGCCCGCGAUGGCAGAGAAGUGCGACUGCAUUGCCAGCAUGUACGGCUACGAUCUGGGCUGCCGCUUCGUUAACUUCCGCCCCUUGGGCUUUGGGGCRAACGGACUGGUGCUGUCAGCCCUCGACAGCAAGAGCUGCCGCAAGGUGGCCGUGAAGAAGAUCACCAUCAGCGACGCGCGGAGCCUCAAACACGCCUUCCGGGAGAUCAAAAUCAUCCGCAGGCUCGAGCACGACAACAUCGUGCGGGUCUACGAGGUGCUGGGGCCCAAGGGCACCAAGCUGCACGGGGACUUUUUCAAGUUUAACGUGGUGUACAUCGUUCAGGAGUACAUGGAGACAGACCUGGCGCGGCUGCUGGAGCAGGGCAAGCUCACGGAGGAGCAUGCCAAGCUCUUCAUGUACCAGCUGCUCCGCGGGCUGAAGUACAUCCACUCGGCCAACGUGCUGCACAGAGACCUGAAGCCAGCCAAUAUUUUCAUCAGCACGGAGGACCUCGUGUUGAAGAUCGGCGACUUCGGGCUAGCCAGGAUUGUGGAUCAGCAUUACUCCCACAAGGGUUACCUCUCGGAGGGCUUGGUGACCAAGUGGUACCGCUCCCCUCGGCUGCUCCUCUCGCCCAACAACUACACCAAGGCCAUCGACAUGUGGGCGGCCGGCUGCAUCCUGGCCGAGAUGCUCACGGGAAGGAUGCUCUUUGCCGGUGGGCACGAGCUGGAGCAGAUGCAGCUUAUCCUGGARACGAUCCCUGUCAUCCACGAGGAAGACAAAGAGGAGCUGCUGCGGGUGAUGCCCACUUUCAUCAGCAGCACGUGGGAAGUGAGGAAGCCCCUGCGCAAGCUGCUCCCCGAGGUGAACAGCGAAGCUAUUGAUUUUCUGGAGAAGAUACUGACGUUUAACCCGCUGGAUCGCCUGACGGCUGAGAUGGGCCUGCAGCACCCUUACCUGAGUCCCUAUUCRUGCCCGGAGGAUGAACCGGUGUCUCAGCACCCGUUCCGCAUCGAGGACGAGAUUGAUGACAUUUUACUGAUGGAAGCCAACCAGAGCCAGAUGUCUAACUGGGACAGGUAUCAGGUCAGCCUCUCCUCUGAUUUGGAAUGGAGACACGAUAAAUACCACGACAUGGACGAGGUCCAGCGAGACCCACGGGCAGGGUCUGAAUCCAUUGCUGAGGAAGCACAAGUUGAUCCACGGAAAUAUUCACAGAGCAGCUCUGAGAGGUUCCUGGAGCUAUCGCACUCAUCAAUGGACCGAGUUUUCGAUGCCGAUUGUGGGAAAUCGUGUGAUUACAAAGUGGGGUCACCUUCCUAUUUGGACAAAUUGCUGUGGAGAGACAAUAAGCCCCAUCAUUACUCAGAGCCCAAACUGAUUUUAGAUUUAUCCCACUGGAAAAGAGCCACCAUAGCGCCUACAGCCGAACUUGCUCUGGAAGAAGAACCUUCCAACCUCUUCCUGGAGAUCGCUCAGUGGGUGAAGAGCACACAGGUGGGGCUUGAGUGCUCCAGUCCCCUUCCCGAGAUGCAAGAACGGAGCCUGCCUUCUUCUCCUCACCAUCUCCACAAGGAAUCCAAGGAGGUAGGCACUGCAACGGACCCCGAGUUCGACUUGGAUGUCUUCAUCUCCAGGGCGCUGCAGCUUUGCACAAAACCCGAGGAUCUUCCWGACAAGCCGCUCGGCGACAUCAACGGGGCCUGCAUCGCGGAGCACCCCGGGGACAUGGUGCAGACAGAGGGCUACCAGAAGGAGCGGUGGUGAGCGGCGCCCGCCUGCCUCCCCGCAGC